AUGCGGCUACCAUGUGUCUCUAAAGCAUUAAGAGCAAGAAAAGGGCAAUUGAAUAUCCUCAAUGGCCAAAGACGCACAUAUGUUGCCGCCGUGCUUGGUGGUGGCAUCACCGGCCUUACAAGCGCCUGGCAACUCGCGCAAGACCCCAUGUGCCGACAAAUCAACCUGUUCGAAAAGACGGACCGGCUCGGUGGCUGGAUUGACUCUGAAAUAGUCCCUGUCGAUGGUGGCAAUAUCGUGUUCGAGUAUGGGCCGCGGACGUUAAAGAGCUCGUUGCCAGGGUCACUCCCUCUGCUUUACCUGGCUACAAAUCUAGGCCUGUACAAAGACCUCAUUGUUACCCCAAAGACGAGCCCCGCGGCCCAGAAUCGCUACAUUUACUACCCGGACCGUCUCGUUCGCUUGCCGGCGCCAAAGCCUGAACUUUCGUUUCGGGAGAACGUUGAAAGCUUUGUGAAUACUAUGCAGGAGCCGCUAUUUAAUAAAUUUCUUUCAGGAAUAGCAAAGGAUGUCUUCGCUCCAUCCCGGCACCCAACUGAAUGGGCGGAGGAUGAGUCUGUCACAGAGUUCAUUGGACGUCGUUUUGGUGCCAAUGUUGCAGAUAAUCUAGUCUCCGCUGCGUACCACGGAAUUUAUGCUGGUGAUAUCGAUCGAUUGAGUGCCCAGACACUGUUAGGUAGCAUCCGCAACCUUGAGGGUGGUAUUGGGGGUAUUGGUGGGUUUGUUUCUGGUGGAGUUACGGCAUCUCUUAUCUCCAGGUCGAUCUCGAAAACAAAGACUCGAAAUAUGGAUGAUUUUAUGGCCAUAGAUGUCAUACCCGCAGGCCCUGAAUUAGUGCGCCGUCAACACGAUUUAGAAGUCCUUGCGGCUGGAGCUAGUACUUUCACCUUUAAGAGGGGAGUCAGUCAGCUUGUUGAAGCUCUGAUUGCUUCAUUGAAAGCGACCGGCAAGGUCAACUUCCGAAUGAACACAGAGAUCAAGGCUUUGAGUCAAAGUGAACUUGGUUCUCAUAAUAUUGAGAUGGAAUAUUGGUCACCCAGGCACGCUGCAUUCAAGACGUUUGAUUAUCAAUAUGUCAUUUCCACUAUCCCUCCAGUUGCACUUGCAAACGUCAUGCGCAAAACCAGUGCUAAACAUGCCACGCCUGGCGACUUGACCCCAUCCCUACUACGCAAACAGGACUACGCUGUGACCGCAAUGGUCGUCAAUCUCUACUAUACAAAUCCCGACAUUCUGCCCGUGGAAGAUGGCUUUGGAUACCUCAUACCACGCUCUAUACCUUACGAGCAGAACCCAGAAUGUGGACUUGGCGUCAUUUUCGCCUCCUCGUCUAGUGUAGGGAACGGAACGGAUCCGGAGUCUUCUGAAGUCAACCAAGACUCCGCACCUGGAACGAAACUCACUGUCAUGCUAGGUGGACAUUACUGGGAUGGCUUCGACGAGUAUCCAGACCAUGACACCGCAGUAAAAAUGGCCCGCGACAUGCUCAAGAGACACCUGAAUAUCACUGAUACCCCGGCUGCCACACGGAGUCGUCUCCAGAAGGAUGCCAUUCCCCAGUACACAGUCGGCCAUCUCGACCGCAUGUAUAAGCUGUCGGAUACAGUUCGCAAGGAGUACAACAACAGGCUUAUUCUCGCAGGAAACUGGUAUAAUGGCAUAGGUGUGGGCGAAUGCGUCAAGCAGGGUAUCCUAUCUGCCACCUACGGCAUCGGGAGAAACCGGCUCAAUGAUCAGCCUAGUCCGUGGCGUCCGUGGACUUCCAUGAAUUAUGACCGCUGGGAACUAAAGGGCGGUGUUGUGAUGUCUCCUGUUCGUCUGGUUGACUCCGAAGUCUGA